AUGUCAUCACCGAUUACAUAUCCAGUAAUCACCGACGACAAGGAUCUCGACGACGCCGCAUUAUGGGCGAUGAUCGACUCCGCCUCCGCCUCACAUUCAUCCUCCAAGCACAAACCAUUCGCGAUCAAGUACCACAACCGUCAACCACCUUCUCCGAUCACAAAUCCCUCACCACUGCCUCCACCGUCGAAAUUCCCGCGUAAUUCCAUCGACAGUGGCGAAGUUGUUCAAGAUCCUUGGCCUUACGGACCUCCGAGGAAGAUCGCGAGAAUCUGCGGUCCGAGUUCAUGUGAAACGAGUCCUCUAGCUAUAGUUCAAACUGUGCAGAAGACGCCGACGGCAAUGGUUUAUUCGUCACCGGAGAUCAGGAAGGUUAAUGAGGUAUCGCCACGGUGGUUUGGGAGGAAUGAUGAAGAGAAAGAUAACGGUAUGAGGCAUAGCUUGUCUGGAAUAUUUCCUACGGUUUCUUUGUUUAAGGAGUAUCAAAAUGCAGCUAUGGCGAUUUUGGAGAAAAGUGAUUACACUUUGAUUUCGGGGAAUCCUUACAUUAAAAAGACAGGUUGGAGAAAAAUUUCCUGUUACUUCAAUAUUUCUUACGAAAUUAGAGACAAGAAUAUUGAGUUCGAUGGGGAUCGCAAUGUUCAGCGAGCUGAGUUUGUCAUUCGUGCACAUAUGCAGGGUGGCAGGUUCUCCGAUGGAUGGGGCUCUUGUGAUCGACGUGAAAAGAGAUUUCAGAAACCAAAUCAUGAUGUACCGAGCACAGCAGAAACUAGAGCAAAAAAUAAAGCUUGUCAGGACCUACUAGGAAUUGGGGAAUACAGACCAGGUACAACAAGUCAGUUUCGGUGA